AUGCCAAACGUAAACGACGGCGUCCAGACCUACGAACUCGGAAACUUCGAGCUCAAAUGCGGCGUGACCCUCCCAAAUGCCUUCGUCGCCUACAAGACCUUUGGCGAUCCCUCGCUUCCUGCAAUCAUGUACCCAACCUGGUACUCCGGAUCAAUCGCUGACAAUGAGUGGUUGAUUGGCGAGGACAUGGAGUUGAGCCCGAAGAAGUACUUUGUUAUCAUUGUUGCGAUGUUUGGGAAUGGGCAGAGUUCGAGUCCGAGUAAUCAGGCUGCUCCGAUGAAUGGGCCAAACUUCCCGUAUAUCGCCGUUGCGGAUAAUGUGCGUGCUCAGUAUACCCUCGUCACCGAAAAGCUCGGGAUCAAGCAUCUCCAUGCUGUAGUCGGCUGGUCCAUGGGUGCUGGGCAGACGUAUCAAUGGGGUGUUUCCUACCCUGAUUUCAUGGACUAUCUGGUUCCAUUCUGCGGAUCGGCGAGGACGGCGAUCCACAACAAAGUCUUCUUGGAGAGUAUCAAAGCAGCCUUGACUGCUGACACCGAAGGCUUUAAGGGUGGGAACUACGGCGAUAAGAAGCCCGAGGUCGGACUCAAGGCUUUCGGGAGGGUCUACGCUGGGUGGGGCUUUAGCCAGGCCUGGUACCGCGAGGAAAUUUGGAAGACACAGUUUGGGUUCAAGACGCUUGAGGAGUUCCUGGUGGGUUUCUGGGAAGCAUGGGCGUUAUCGAAGGAUGCGAAUAACUUGCUCUGUAUGCUCGAGACGUGGAAGAACGGAGAUAUCUCGGCUGGUGAACCCUUCAAUGGCGACUUCGAGGCUGCUCUUCGCUCAAUCAAAGCGAAGACGUUAGUCCUUCCCGGUCAUACCGACCUUUACUUCCCUCCCGAAGACAGCCAGUACGAAGCUGAGCACCUUAACGAUGGGAUCUGUGAAUCGAUCCCCUCGAUCUGGGGACAUUGGGCGGGUGGACCUGGUGAUUCGAAGGAAGAUGUUCGUUGGUUGGACGAGAGGUUGUCUAAGUUCUUGAAUGGAAAGGGGUGA